UUAAAUUUGACACUCGUGCCUGAGUGGUACCAGUAUACUUACUAUCGAAGAUCGGUGUCUAUAAGCCACGUGGAUUCUAUUACCGUUAAGCACUUUCUGCUUCCACUGAUUAAAGUAUGAAAUUUUCAAUUGUAUGGUUGUGACAAAAUAACAAAAUAUUUUAUUGUCUUUUAAAUUAACAUCGAGAUCUUUUAAUUAGCAUUGUAUUAUGCUGUUUGCCGAAAGGUGACGCUACGAAAAACUGAAGACACGGCAAAGUUUUCCAUAUUUUACUGCAUUAUUUGUUUCACUGAAAAAAUUCCUGUGCCGUUAAAAUGAAUUUAAAAAAUAUUAAAGAUAGACUGAAAGAUGAUACAUUGGAUCUUAGUUUAUGUGACCUGAAAGAAGUGCCUGUUCGAGAAAUCGCGACUGUUAAGAAAGCAAGGAAUUUGGAUUUAUCAAACAAUUUAUUAGCUGCUUUGCCUAAUACUUUUGUCAAUCUUAAGCAAAUAAUUCAAUUAGAUCUCAGUAGAAAUAUGUUAACAGAGAUUCCUGAAAAUUUUGGAGAAUUAAAACAACUGCGAUAUUUGGAUCUCUACGAGAAUCAGAUAAGCAGGCUACCUCUUAGUUUAAGUGAAUUGAAGAAUCUAAGGUGGCUGGAUUUAAAGGAAAAUCCAUUAACUCCUGCAGUAGCCAGUGUGGCUGGUCCCUGUAGUAAUUUAACCGAAUGUCAAGCCUGUGCUCGCAAUAUUGUUAUGUACUUGUCACGUGUAAAACUCAGUAUCGAAGAAGAGAAAUUACGAAGAUUAAAUGCUGUCACAAAUGCAGAGACUGAUACCUUAUUAACAAAAAAGGUUGGAAAAAAGAAAAAAAAGAAAACAGCGGAGAAGGAUAAUAAAGAAAAUGCACAUGAAAGUAAAUCGACGUCUUCAACCGAAGAGCCGCAAGUAGGCGCAAAUAAGGUUGUAAUACCAGCAAUGGGACAAAAUAAUCCAAACACCGACGAAGAACACGCAUUGAAAGGCAAGUACACAAUUGCACAGUUUCUUCUUCUAAGUUUGAUCACUGGCAUGCUAAUAAUCGUAGUUCUGCCAAUGUAUUCAGAGCGGUGUAACACGCUUAUAAACUAUAUAGAAAGAAAUACGGGUGUACCUUUGAAAGAAUUUCAGAAACACAGCAUCAAUACGUUCCAAUUUUCUAUACGGGCUGCAACCAUGUGGACCAAAAGCAUUUGCAAAGAUUUAUACUAUGUCUAUGAAAACAGCUUUAGGGGGAAUAUGAGUGAGCUAUCGAACAAAUAAAAAAUGUUAAUAAUAGCAGUGCACCAGCUUGAAUGUAAGAGACGACAUAUUAUUAUAUAAGAAUCAGGGCUUCUGUUAUUUAUUUUGAUGAAUUAAAAAUAAUUACAAAUAUACGAAAGAUCUUCGUUUUCAUGAAA